AUGACAAGUGAAUUUGUGAAUUGGGAUUGGAAAGUUUUCGCUACAAGCUGUUCACAGGUUUUGUUAUCAUUUAUCUGCUUUCGUUUCCUACAAUUCAUAGUACGGUGGUAUUUAUUUGGAACGUGUACUUUCAAGACAUUUUCAUACUUUGGUUGGACUACAAAUAAUAGCCAUUGUAAUGAUCUUGUCGACCUUCACAGCAGUCAGUCAUUGUUGGUGGUACCUCCGAAUAGACGUUGGAGAAUAAGCAAUGAAUCAGUUUCAUUAGGCCAUUCUGUAGUGUCCGGUUUUUGGGCUCUUUAUGCAAUUAUUGUAUAUCCAAAAUUAAUUGAAGACAUGGUUUGUUAUAAAAAUACCAUGGCACAUUACCUUUUAAUUAUGUCGACAGGAUAUUUAAUACAUGAUCUUAUUGAUUUGCUCAUAAAUGAACAAUCGUUACGUAUUAUUGAGCUUCUUUUCCAUCAUGUUAUUGUCUUACUUGCAUUUACCACUAAUUAUACGACUGGUAAAUUUUUAGGUGUAGUUAUUUGUGGACUUUUGAUGGAACUUAAUAGCAUCUUCUUGCAUUCGCGUUCCAUGUUAAAUCUCUAUAGAGUUGACAAAUCAUCGACGCCAUUUCGUAUUGUGGCAUUGCUGAAUAUUGUUACAUUCAUCGUAUUUCGCAUCGCUAUUAGUGCUUAUUUAUUGUAUUGGCAAUUCACAACAGCUUGGAAAAUGGUGUGGUUCUUAACGUUGGUCACGUUCAUUAUCAUCGUUUCACUUGCCAUAACUAAUGUGGUUCUGUUGUAUAGAGUUUUGGCUGCUGAUGGAUUGCUUGGUAAGAAGCGGAAACGUGGAGCUCCUGCAGAUCCUUCACAAAUAACGACACAAUCUCCAGAAAUAAAUCAUGAUCAAAGUCAUGAUGAAACUGCUGAUGACGAUGAAAUUGAAGUCAUUGCUUAA